UGUGCUCUACACAAGGACUCGUGGUAGCAUAUCAGAUCUCUGGUGGCUUCUGUGUUUAGUCAAGUACGGGCAGUAGCACUUCCCAGUUGACUUCCAGCACACCUCUGGUGCCACAAAUCCAUAUAUUUGCUACAGUGAAGGCUUGGAUUCUAAGUAAGAGGUUCCAGUUCACUGGUAUUAUUGGUAAUGGUUCCAAGUGACAGGAAUAAAAAUUCCUGUAGCCAUGUGCCCUGCAGACACAGUGAGACUAAUGGACAAUACCAGAAACAGUAAACUGUGUCAUUAAUAUUUGCUAAGACGUUCCUAUAAAUGGCCUGUGCUGGAAUCAGACAGCAAAACUUGAAUGUACGUCUUUAUCCUGGUAAUGGCAAGCGACUAGCUUUCUUAUAAGCCUUCUCUUACACAAGGGAGAAAAUCCAUGCCAGGAUAAAAUUUCUGUCUUCUUUCUUUCACAUCCUUUUGCAACACUGCAGCAAAGCUUACAAAUCAACUUCAACCUGGUCCUGAUUAGCUUUAUGCUGACUUACAGCUACCCAAACUCUUGAAAUAUCAUAUUUAUGGCCAACACAACUGAAAUGAUUACUCCACCCUCUCACUUCAUCAUUUCAUACACCUCCAGAAGCAUGUGUAGAUGUAUGAUAGGUGUAGGUGCACAUGGACGUGUAUGCAUAUACAUCUAGGUUUCAUUUUAACUCUCUUGGGAAGACAGUUUCAGAUUUUACUUCACCAUAGUACUUACGACAACAGGAUUCUGAUCUUCACUGUUGCUGUGCUACAGGACUCUUAAAAUCAGUAGCUGAAAAGAUAAAAUGUCUAAUCUUACUGCAGGAACACGGUCAGCAAAUUUAAGCCCUCACGAAAUGAGUAGACCAAAUAACUUAAUAACUAUUAAGAAAGACAAAGGUACUAGAAAAAAAGGCAGGAACAGUUCAUUAGUAAAAUCCAGCAUAGCACACAUUCAUCAUCUCAGGCAGACAGGAACAUCUGAGAAGAAGGAGCAAUACCUGAACUGUUACCUAUUUCAACCAGAUCAGCUGACAUGACUGGCACCAGAAGUUAAUUUGGUUAGUUAAACCGGAUUCCUGUUCAAAAUCCCUCUCUAUGUCUGAUUCCAGGAUGCUCCUCCAGUAGAAGAGCUGUUCUUAGGUGUUGUGUAUAGGUAGGCAUAAACACAUUUGCCUUGCUGAGGGGGUCCUACCAUGGGCCCAUUUCCCUUUCUUAGCACAUGAACACAGACAAGUUAAGGGUAAAUUACAUUUGUGCUGCAUCCUUAAAGCCAGGCUUGAUCUCACUUUACAGAAUAAUUUUAAAUGAACAGCUGUCUUUUACAACAGCCAAAGGCAACAAUAAGAUAUACAUAUCUUUAAUUUUAAAAGCUGCAAUAGAAAUAUAUCGGUUUUGAGAGGAUGAUGUUCUACAGUGAAGUUCCAGGGACAGUUCUGGAACUUUUUCAUUCUGCUUUUACAUCCUCUUCUUACUUGUGCUCUCCGAUUCCCAAACACUGGGGAUGCACCAUCUGUGUCAAGCCUUCAGGAGCUUUGGAGCCUUUACCUGACAACUGAACCAGCCAGGACUGGCAGGCAGACUAUCCAAAUAUGCUCUGUGCUGAUUGCUCCUAGUGAACUGGACAGGAGUACUGGCUGCAAGCUGAGGAUUAUGGACUUCAAAAUUAAACCAGCACUUUCAACACUUGGUGCCAAACACUAAAUUUCUUAGUAACUCUACCUCACAAAUUUCCACCUCUUCACACCAAAUUAUAGCUUCUCUGUCAUAAUUAGUAUGUCUUAGCAGUGAGUAUAAGGGACAGGCACAGAGCAAACAUAUCACCAUGUCACUUUGUUAAUUUCUAUGGAAGUAGUGAUCUUCUAUCUACAACAAUCCAAUUGACUUUGCAAUUUACCUGACAGUGUGACUCAGACUUGUUUCUGAAAAUUAAGCUGAAUGUUUUCUAUCAUUCCAAAUCAAAUUUCCCAAAAUCUAUUCUUGCUAUAUGAUGAAACUUGCCCCAGUUCAAACAUAGUAUUUUGGCAAGGUGAACUGAGCUGUAAAUUUUCUUCAUCUGAUGACCAUUGGAAGUGAACAAGAUCUUGAAUCUUGUCAUCAGUAGCUGUGAAAAAACAACAGCUGGAAGUUUUGUUGGUGCUUGGAGGCAUAGUACCAUGCUUUUUUCAUUUAGUGACAUUAUUUGUUUUGAAAGAUCCUGGACUGUAGCUGAAAAAAGGAUCAGGGCACAGAAUUAUUCUUUCUGACGAUGGCAAUUUUCUUCUCCAGUCACAGGGUUCACUUGACUAGAAAACUAUAGAAAUGAUUCUGCAUAAACAUUGUGGAGAUAAUUACAAAAUAAAGAAUCACUACAAUGAAUCUAUUGAGAUCUUUAAUUCCAAACUGCCACCAUCCCAGAAAGAAUAAACUGUGAGUUAGUCUGACUCUUAAGUAUACAAUUAAGCCUGUCAAGUUUUGGCUGCAUAAUAUGCUGUUUAAUAUUGAAAAAUCUGUCAGUAAACCAAUAUGUGGCAUUAAUGCCAUAGUGCUUUGGGUUUGCUUCCUCAUGGAACAAUAAAACUAUUUAGCCGAGACAAGCAAUGCGUUAUUUAUACACCUUUUGGCAACAGUUUUAAUGAUAUGUGGGAUACUGCCCUUUCCUUCUAAUAUAAUAGUUCCCUUUUUGGAUUGAAAUUGAUGAAGGGAGCUGUGUAUGUGUUCCAUGUGGAAUUUACUCAGUAAUUCUAUUAACGACUUCCUCACAAAGAAAUAAAUGUUCUCAAUCUCCUUCAAUACUCAUCCUACUCAUUAUUUAAAACAGAAGGCCUAAUCUCUCCAUAUAUUAAGUUUCCUCAAAGGGUUUUCUAUUAGUUUCAAUGAAUUCAAAAAAUUGGGCUUCAACCCUUUUAUGUUUGCAAAACUAUGAAACUCUGGGCCUUACAGUCAGAGCAGAAAGUUUUGCUAUUUCCAGAAUUUUUGAGAAGGAGGUGUCAAUUGAAGGUUACACAGCCUUCAAAAGGAAUCCUCUACACAUCCUUACCAUGUUCAGGUCGUGCUUCAAGUGCCAUUCAACAUCAGCCAGCAGAGCUUCUGAUAAUUUCACCAAAUUCUCCAGGCCAAAUCCUUCACCUGGCUCUAACUGAAGCUCACCCCCAAAACGGCCUCAGAGCUCACAUCACAAACAAGUGUUUACCAGUACAGACUCUUGCUCUAGACAACACAAGAAGUACCAUGGUAGGGGCUCAGACCUGGAAGAAACAGAACAUGAUAGACGAGUUACCUUCAUUUCCCUUCCUAGAUUUUAUAUUCACAGCUAAUGAAAAUGAAUAGGAAAGCUGUCCUUAUUAUUCCUCAAGGGUUUUGGUUUUGUGAUGACUUGCAGCAAAACCAGCUGAGCUAUGAUAAGCUGAUCUGCUGCCCACAGUGAAGCCCCCCUGGCUGAGUAUGUCUACAAAAAGGGAUCACUUUUGCUAAUACUAGUGGUGACCACAGUAGGCUGCAUUUCAGAAAACUUCCUUCAUGUGUCAUUACAUCCACUCAGUACUGUCUAGGUCCAUUUACUUAGCAAAUGAAUUUUGGGGACUAGCAGAUAGAAGUUGCUUGGAACCCUGCCUCCAGUAAUGAUUAAUAUUUAAUACAAGGUUUGUAGAUUAGGUAUAAUAUCUUCUAUUGUCAUGAAAAGAUGACAGUUCUGGGAGAUCACAAGUCCUUUUUCAGUUCUAAGAGGAGAGACAAACUUUCAGAUAUGAAUGCAUUUCCUCAGGCCUAAGAAAGGUUUGUACUCCUGAAGGCUUGCCUCCCUUGUAAAACUAUAUUAUGGGUCUAAUAAUAAACCAUCUAAAGAUCAUUGUGGCUGUACACACUCUGGCACUCUGAUGUCAUUAAAAUCAAAAUGAAGAAAAGCUGGAAUUAUGCCUCUCACAAAAAUACAAUACAAUCCUCCUCCAGGCAAACUAUUUGCCUCUUCUUAUGCAGGAAAGAUCAUGUGAAGAAGGUCACAUGGAAAGAAAAAAUUACUGAAAACCAUCUCCCUAAUUUUCUGCCUGAGUAGUUCAAUCAAGGAACACACUGGGAGGAGUGAUAUAAAAAACUGUGCUUUUACAUUUUCCAGAGAAAACAAAAGAGCUGAUUUGAUGCUCAUUUCUGUUAGCAAACAAGUAAUUCCUAAUUCAUAGCACUGUUAACAAGAGGAAGUUCAGAGAGAACAGCUUAGAUUUGCAGUCAUUGCAAGAAAUACAAUUCAGGAAAUACCCAAGAGGUUAAAGUUAUUUAAAGAGAUUAGAAGAUAGAAACUACAGUCCUAGUGACAGCGUACAGUUAAUAAAAAUUAAUGGGAUGCCUUAAGUAUUCAGUGGAGGUCUUUCUCAUUCUUGCACACAGAAGUAAUGUCAUGUAGCUAACCUUUUAAAUGAGAAAGAUGUGUGUCUUGUGAGGCUCUACCAGAAACCAAACCUGUUUUCUAUAAAGGAAUGCUAAAUGAACAGAUUCUAGUUUCACUUCCUAAUUCUAAAACUACAGAUCUGUGACAAAGGGCAAACCACUUAAAAUUCACCAUCUCCUAGUGAAACUGGUAACAAAUGCAAUGAGCCAUUAAUUCCAAACAAAAGUAUUUUUUAUUCCUAUAGGUAAAAAAAGCAGUUCCCAUAUAUUACAGGAUUACUGGAGGGAUGACCAUACUAAAAAUGAGCAAUGUACUUCAGUUACUUAUCUCCAACAGUGACAAAAGCAAGACAGUCAAAGUAAGAUGUAGAAAAAUUUGCCAAGGAGAACUUUCUCCCUGACUUCACGAUGCCAUGGUUGACUAACUGCACAAAACGUGUGUCUAUAUUCUUUAAAACAGAGAUGAGUGUGGGGCUAGCAGCAGAUUUUCUCAUUAUUCCCCUUUGAGAUCAUUUUAGGGACCAGCUCUGUGCCCAGUGACAGCCCCAGUGCGAAGGCCCCGUUGCUGUGAACACCAGCACUGAGCUGGACAAGUGCUCAGCACAAGUGGAGGCACCAGUGGUGACCAGUGGACUCUGGUGACGCGUGCAGAUUUUACCUUUCUGUCUAAAGAUUGCUCUGAGUCAAAUUGCCUAUGUGAUGUUCUUAGGACUGUUACUCAAGGAUUUUAUCAGAACUGACAAAGACCUGCUAAUAAAAAAGUUGCAGGAACCCACAAUGACAUCCAUCCAGCUGCCACUGCUACUCCUCUGCUUGACCUCGUGUGGUGUUUGCUUCAAUGGGGGACAUCUCCUUCCAGAGGAGAGUGAGAACAUGGGAAAAAGUCCCCUGGAUCACAUCCUUCAGAGAUCUGAAAGCCUCAUUCUUCAGUCUGUCCUCAAGAAAGCUGAAGAGAUUAAUAAAGACUCAAAUGCCCCUCUGCUACAACGGCUUUCCAAAAGACAACACCCUGGGGAAAAGUACCUAAGUAACCUGGAAAAGAGACAGCAUCCUGGAAAAAGAGAUGUUGAGGAAGAGACAUCUUAUGGAGGCAUUCAGAAGAGGCAGCAUCCCGGAAAAAGGGAGAUGGAAGAUGACCUUGAUGUCUAUCUGGGGUUGAAAAGGCAAAAGCCUUCCAGCAGAAAGUCACUGUUGGAUCAGUUUGCUUACAGUCCUAGGGCACAGCUAACUUACAUGAAUGAGUUAUCCAAAACAGAACAUCCAGGCAGAAGAUAUCCAAUGUACAAGCACCAGCGUCCUAGCAAAAGAGGCUGGAAUUAUGAGGUAGAUGUAUAUGAUGAGAAACGCCAGCAUCCUGGAAAAAGGCACUGGAAUUCUGACAGCUCAGAUGACACAGGUCCCUGCAAUUUUCAGGAGUCACUCACUUGUCACAAAGGCAGCUUGUUGCUUGAUUUAAUAGAUGUUAGCAGAGACAGGGUAGAAGAAAAGCGUCAGCACCCAGGAAAGAGAUCAGCAUGGGAAAGUGAAACAGAGGAAUGA